AGCCGAUCAAGCAAAUUGAGGAUGUACUGGAGGGAGGACCCCUUGUCUCGUGACCAGGGAAUGCCAGCCUCCCAGCCUUCUUGUUUACCUUUCCUCCCCCUUGAUUGAGUCUGCAAUGCGUCACUCACCACACACAAUGCCCAGUGUUGAAACGCGUUGCGCGAUUCUCCACUUCAUCGGUCUGGCAUUGGUGAUCCAACUAUGCUUGCCGGUCAUAAAGCAGACUGUCCUCUGCCUGUUCACUCGCAACAACGGAUACUCGGCCCGUGGGUGCGAUGGUAGACAUGGCGAGGGAGACGAAAAGACGUCCUGGCAUGCAGGCGGAGCAACGAGAAGGCAGAUGCGACCAUGGAUCCUGGUAGCUGUGGUUACUGGCGGCUGUGCCGUUGCUUUUGUCCGUGCCGUGAACCGUCAGAGUAGGCAGCUCGCAACCGAACCCUGGGUGCAAUGCCUAGUAUGGGUGUUCAUGUUGCUUCAAUACAUCGCAAUAGCCACGGAGCGGAUGGAUACCGCACGAGCGAGCACACUCCAAGCCGCCUUUGAUCUGGCGAAAGGACAGAUGAAGCCAUCAAAUCUAACAUUGUGGCAGAUCCUGCCGCUUUUGUACCGAAGGCACUUCAUUUGGCAAGUUGCUCUGUCAAUACCGCUAGCAUCGCUGGCGUUCGCACCGCAUGUGGCACUAGGGCAGAUGUUAUUAUUGCUUGAAUCACCCACCGAGAGACAGACUAACGCUUUUCUACUUGUCAAAUGGGCGGCGGUACUUGGACUUGGUAUUGGACUGUCAUCGUGGCUCGAAAACUGGCUGUUGUGGAUUGCUGAAUCCCGAAUAUCUAUUCCCAUGAGGCAACAAUUAUCUACCGCACUUUUCGACAAAGCUACUAGACUCACGUCUCCCAACGGGGAUGAGAAUAAGAGGGGCUCUACCAAGGCUCAUAAUGUCAUAAAUCUAGCGGCUAUUGAUGCCGCUCGAAUAGCAACAAUGGCCGGGUUCCUGUACAGCUGCAUGCUGCAACCCCUCAAAGUCAUCGUCGCUUGCAUGUUACUGAGCCAACUGUUAGGAUGGCAAAGCCUAUCGGUAGGCCUUAUGUGCCUAGUGUUAAUUUCACCACUUCACUCGGCAUGCCUCAAAAGGAUAUCGACGGCGGAGCACAGUUUGAUGAGCUGUCGGGACACCAAGAUGAGCACGGUGACCGAGGCACUUCAUGGUAUCCGUUAUAUCAAAUUUUCUGCCAUCGAGAGCAAAUGGGAAGAAAAAGUCAAUAGACUGCGCGAUAAUGAGCUGCGAGCGCAGAGGUUUGUCUUCCAUUGGCAGGUUUUGAGCUUGACACUGCACCUCCUGGGCCCAGUGCUAGUCUCGGCGGCUUCUUUGGGGAUGUAUGGCAGAUUAUAUGGUCGCCUGACGCCAUCUGUGGCAUUUCCUGCAUUUUCCAUACUUGGAUAUCUCCAAUUCACUAUUGGUAUUAUCCCGGAACUGCUUUCCGGAAUUGUAGCUGCGUGCGUGAGCAUGAAACGAGUGGAUGGAUUCUUGGAGGCCCCUGAGACAGUUCGGCAUGUGUCGCAUAAUGAUUGUAUUGGAAUAUGUGCCGAAAGUCUGAGUUAUGGUUCCGACGACUCCUCAAACCAGGUUGGAGUAUUGAACCAAGUUGAUCUGAGGUUUCCGCAUCAGAUGCUGAGCUUGAUAUGUGGUCCAACCGGUGUUGGGAAAAGCCUGUUGCUGGCGGCUCUGCUCGGUGAGUGCAAGAUUGGUACUGGAGCUGUCAAACGACCGAAGCCGGCCUUGUCCAACAAGAUAUAUACUGCCUUCCCUUCCGAGCCAUGUUGGAUCGUCGACAGCAUGAUGGCGUACGUUGCUCAAGUCCCUUGGAUUGAGGCCGGAACGGUACGUGCAAACAUUCUAUUUGGUUUGCCUCUUGAUGUCCAAAGGUAUCAAAAAGUAGUGAAUGCGUGCGCAUUGACCCACGACCUGAACGAGUUCAUAGAUCAUGACCUCACCGAUAUUGGCCCCAGUGGCGUUAAUCUCAGCGGAGGGCAAAAAGCGCGAGUCAGUUUGGCACGGGCGUUGUAUUCCAGAGCUGGAAUCCUUAUUCUGGAUGACAUUUUCAGCGCUGUGGAUGUGCACACGGCAAAGCAUGUAUUUGAACACGCCCUGACCGGGGAGUUGGCAGAAGGUAGAACCAGGGUUCUGGUUACACAUCAUGUCGAUCUUUCUUUUGGAAAGACGGAUUAUGUGGUGCAGCUGGAACAUGGGAAGGUGAAGUAUGCUGGGGAAAUUCAGGACUUGCACUCAAGCGGUGAUCUGGUACCUUUGAGAACGAAUAAGCAUCAGCCGUCAACUGUCGGAAAUGUUACUAAUGGGGAAGCUGAAAACCUCAUCAUGCCGGGGACUGAGAAGAAAUUUGUUCAGGAAGAGAAUCGGGGACAGGGCGCGACUCAGUGGUUGCUUUUCCGUCGCUACAUCGAAUACAGCGGCGAUUGGCCCCGCUGGUCCAUCCUGGCAGGUUGUUAUGUGGCGUACAAUAUAUUGAUUCUUGCUCAGUAUUGGUGGAUGAAUAUCUGGACUGCGGGCAGCGAGUCCGCGGCAAGUUAUGUUGAAACAUGGUACUAUUUUCGAAUCUAUCUUGGCCUUGCAGUGAUUGUUUGUCUGGUCGGAGCACUUCGGUCAUACAUUGCCAUGACUAUAUCGCUCCAGGCAUCGUCUCACCUGUUCCGCCGACUCUUACAUGUUGUCCUCCGGACUCGAAUGCAAUGGCUUGACACAGUCCCCGUAGGGCGUAUUUUGAACAGAUUCACGGCAGACUUUUACAUCCUGGAUUCUCGAUUGGGGCUUGACCUGACCACUCUGCUGAGUUCGGGGAUGGACUGUAUCGGUGUGAUUAUGGGUGCGGUUAUAGUCCAGCCCAUAUUGUUGCUUUUCGGCGCAUUGCUGCUCUAUGGGGCUUUUUGGUAUACUGGAAGAUACCUUGCGGCAGCCAGGGAAGUCAAGCGCCUGGAAUGUGUUGCCAGAAGUCCGAUUUACGAACAUUUCAGCUCCUCCAUGGAAGGGAUCGUGACAAUCCGAGCCUUUCAACGUACUCAACAUUACGUGACGCAAAUGCAGGAAAAGGUGGAAAGGCACGCCCAGGCCGUGUGGCACCUGGCUCUAUUCAAUCAAUGGUUUACCUUUCGGAUCAAUGCCUUGGGUGCUUUGUUCUCUCUCGUGACCGCAUUGGCAGUUAUCUGGCGAGAGGACGUGACCGGUUCAAUGGCUGGGUUUGCCCUCGUGUUUACCAAUCAUCUGUGUUUUGCACUAGUAUCACUCAGUCGCGCAUAUGCUACCCUUGAGAUGGAUAUGAACGGCGUGGAUCGCAUAUUGGAGUAUUCAGACCUCCCCACAGAAGAUGGGAGUGGUCAUAUCCCAAGUUCGGCGUGGCCCGCCGGGGGCCGUCUUGCUGUCAGCGAUCUCAAAGUUGCAUAUGCUGCUGAUUCUCCAGCUGUGCUUCGCAAUGUGACUUUUGAAGCCCUACCCGGUGAGCGUAUAGGAAUCGUCGGCCGAACAGGAGCAGGAAAGUCCUCACUGGCUCUAGCGCUAUUCCGUUUCCUAGAAGUGCCUAGAGGAGCAAUAUGUAUAGACGGUAUAGAUAUAUCGACCAUUGCCCUGGGGCAUUUGCGACGCCACCUGGCAAUUAUUCCCCAAAGUCCAGUAUUGCUUUCUGGCACUGUGCGAUCAAAUCUUGAUCCAUUCGGAGAGUAUGCGGAUGGCAUAUUGUCUCAUGCUCUAGAGCAGGUCCACUGGACUAAGCUAGCCGGUGUGCCCUCUACGAAUGCACUGGAUGCUCCAAUAUCUACAGAAGGGAGUAACUGCUCCCACGGUCAACGCCAGCUAUUGUGUCUAGCUCGAGCUAUGCUGGCGAAACCAGCAGUCAUGAUUCUCGAUGAAGCGACCUCGGCCGUGGACAGAGAUACGGAUGAGCUUAUCCAGCAAUCUAUUCGUGCAAAUUGCCAAGGAACUACGUUGUUGGUGAUCGCGCAUCGCAUCCAAACGAUAGCUGAUUUCGAUAAGGUGCUAGUGUUGGAUAAUGGAGAAGUAGUAGAAUUCGGACCUCCAGCGACGUUAAUGGCAAGAAAUGGGCUUUUUACGCAGAUGGUGAAGGCAGAUGCGAAUUGCGGGGCUCGAGAAAACUAUCAUGAAGCGAUUUGUCAAGUAGGCUGA